CUUAUCAUAUCAUGCAAACUAGAACUUUUAGUAGUUUUCGUGGAGAAAUCGACCGAAUUCCAUUGGCUUUGAAAACUUUCCGACAUCAAAUUAUGGGCCAUUCAAUGAGAAUGACUGGCUAUACAUUAUUGCCUUUGUGAGUCGAGGUCGAUACAAUGUGAAUGACAGAGAGAGAAACUGCAUCUAUCAACAACAUGAGCAUUGAGGUGCACCAAUUCGUUAAUGACUCAGGUGGACACAAGUUCACUGAAACUGCACCUCGGCCCCCUGUACCAGGAGAAGAGAAUGAACUCCAAUCCAAUGGAGGUCACAGUACACGAAGUAGUGGCUCACACAAGAGCCAUGCAUCUCACAAAAGCCACAGCUCCAGCAAGAGUUUAAAGAGUGAUGUUAGCCAUUCCCCUGCAGGAACUCCAAGAAGGUCCAAUCUGGACAAAGGGGGUGGCUCUCUCACAAAUUCAAACAAGGAUUUAAAUGCCGAAGAGAUCGAGGCUCCACUAGGUUUUGAACCAGAAGGGAGUGCUGCCAAUUCGCCGCCAUUUACAGAGACCCCACCAUAUUUAAACUGGGCUAAAAAUUUCAAUCUUUUACUUGGAGAUGCAGAUGGGGUAAAACUGUUUCGUGAGUUUCUUGAGCAGGAGCAAACAGUGAAUCUUCUGGAUUUCUGGUUUGCAGUGAACGGUUUGAAAAAACAAGAAAAGGCCCAAGAGACUCAGAUCAUCAAGUUGAUUUACAAGAAAUAUAUUCGUGGUGACACUGGAAUACAAUUAAGUGGGGAAAUAAGAAAAGAAAUACAGGAUAAAAUUGCAAAUAAAAAAGACAUUGAUGGAGCUAUAUUUGACAGCGCCCAGGCAGAGGUGGAGGAUAUUAUGCGAAAUGAGACAUAUCAAACCUUCUUAAAAUCUGAUCUUUAUGUGCAAUACCUUCAAAAUGGAGGAGAGAGUCCCAAGGGAGGUAGCUCCAAUUCUAGUGGAUCAAACAGUGCCCGUCCACUCAGUGUUGCGGGGCCACUACCAACUCUGCAUGAGGACUCUGAACUUUUAGCAGAGUCGAUACCUCAAACAACUGUUCCAAUACCUCUUACUACAAAAUCUUUGACUGCAACUCGGAAUACUAGGCUAGACAGUGGAUUUCCACCAUUUAAAAGACCAGAAGCAGUGGCAGGCCUGUACCUACAGCCUGGAGGUAGAGUACCACACCCCUACCAUGUCAGCUAUGCUCCCGUUUCGGCCCAGGAUUCUGAGCUGCAGAGCCUUUCCAGUGAUGCUCUCACAGAUGACACUAUGUCUCUCACAGACAGCAGUGUUGAUGGCAUUCCCCCAAAUAGACGUUAUUGGAGGCGGCAUCGGAAACAAAUGCAACGAUCAGCUGCCCAGAACAGAGAUACAGCACUCAGUACUCACCUUAUACCUCGCACAGAAAGGAUUAAAGAUUUCAAGGAACGUAAUAUAGCAGAAACAGAUCCACAUCGAUUUGCAUCAAUGUUGAUUGAAAAAUUGAAGAAAGUGGAGAGGGAGAGAGACAUGCAGGAAGAGUUCAACAAGAAGAUGACCCUUAUUAGUGAGGGAGAAGAAUCUGAAAUUGAACUAGUACCAAAGACAGCAAUGGCCAGCAAUCCAGUCUUCACAAUGCUUAUGGCCCAAGCUACGCAGGAACAGAGUGAUUUAGACAAUUCUCAAAGUAUUCUAGAUGAGCAUUGUUCCAGGAUAUGGGACAGUUCUACUGGUCAAACACCAAGCAGGUCACCUGGAAAACAGACCCCAAGUCGCUCAAAAUCGCCAGAGAGAGCUCAUCGUCGUUCGUCUGGUAUUGGAGCGGCCACCAGUUUACCAGGGACUAUGAACCGGCCGAAGACGAAAAAGGAUCGUGGAGAUCAUAUGUCUAUGGUGUCUUGUGACAGUGGAGUUAGUUCACAAGAACACCAAGCUGUUUAUUAUGACCAAGACACUAAAACACGUCAUGUUCACCAUUAUCAUCAUUACUAUCAUAACAUGCAUUCAGGUAAACCCAGGCAGCACUUGGAACAUCACGCAGAACAAAGGAGUAUGGCGCAUUUUCAUGGGGAUCAAACGGCACGCAGCGUAGGAGAUAACUCAGGAAUGGAUCUAUCCAGAGGUCGCACACGCGACAGUGGCAGCAAACGCUCAGGAAGCAAGAAAAGUAUAGAUGCCAGCAGCGCAGACCUCCAAUGUGAUAGUGGUGUCAGCGGUGUUGACCAACCGCCAGUCCCAGACCUUACAAAUCCAGCCAAUGAAAAGGUCAUGAACUGGAUAUUAGAAAAUGAAAAGAUCAGACAAAGUGCCUCUACGAACACAGACUCUGAGCGAAGUACAGAGAGGAGUUCAUCUAAACGUUCUCACCACUCCAAGCCAAGCUCCUCCAAUGCGCAGCAACCACACAGGCAAAGUGCUGGUAGUAAGAGUAAACCUCCAGUUCAGUACAAUGUAAGUCGCUCUGGGUCUCUUGACCGUAGUGGCAUUAGCAGCGUCAUCAAUGCACAGCUGGCUCCCAUGCACGUUGGACGUCCCUCACAGCCUUUUGCCCAGGACCCUUCCAUGCCUCUGCUUCCCCCUCCCAAUGCUACCACUCAGCUAGAGGAGGCUAGAAGGCGUUUGGAAAAUGAAGCACAUGCGAGACAGCUAGCCAAGGAGCUAGCUAAAGGAUCAAGGACUUGCAAUACUGGAAUGCCAGUCGGCAGACAAAAGUACCCAGCCUCCAGCUCCGUGCCCCCAACUCACCCUCUGGCCAGCAUGCAGCAGCAGGUAGCAAGUGGUGCUGACAGACCCAGCAGUGCUCCAGCCCCAGGACCAGCAACAUCAGUCCCAGUUGUAGCAGCAUCAGGAACAUCAUCCCAGGAGGUCACUGUGGUGGGCUAUUACUUCUGCAGUGAACCCAUUCCAUACAGAACUCAGCUUCCAGGGAAGAGUGUCACCUUGGCACAGUUUAAGAGUCUGUUGACCAAGAAAGGAAAUUACAGAUAUUUCUUCAAAUGUGCCAGCGAUGAGUUUGAAACUGGUGUUGUUCAUGUUGAGGUGAUCAACGACAAUGCCAUCUUGCCAUUGUAUGAAGGAAAAGUUGUUGCCAAGGUUGAGAAAGUAGAGUGAAGAGACUUCAGAAUAGUAGUUUCUGUGUGAACCUGAAGAAGAUCUGUAAGGGAAAACCUGAUGGUUUCAAGGGCUGCGUGAAGGUGUAGCUGUGCGAAGAAAACAGAUAGAAAUCCUCAAAGCAGUUAUACGAGAGUUCCAGACAGCCAUGCAGGGCACCCAGAAUGUGAUGCCUCUUCUUAAGACUAUGGGUCCAAAUCUCAGUGGACGCGGGCGUGUUUCUGUGGGUCAGAACUGCCUCUCCAUGGUCUGGAUGAACAACAUCUUCCAGAGUGAAGGACACAUCCCAAGGGAUGAAUUGAAAGGACGUACUGAUGCAUGCUUAGCAAUUCUGUGCAAGCAAUGUGUUAGAGUGUGUUAAGAAUGAGAUCUAUAGCAGUUUAUUCUGUUAAGGAAAUUUGAUUUUAACAUUUGCCAGUGAAGGCUGUACAUUGGGUUGUAUUGUGAAAGGAAAUAUGGAUCAUAAAUUUUCAGAAUUAGAAGGGGAAAACUAUUUUAUGAUUUGCCAGAAAUACACACCACAACUAGUUAAUGCCAAUAUCUUCUGCCUCAGGUGUGGGCAGACUGUGUGCGCCAUGGCAGGGAACUUAUUAUAUUAUUAUUGAAUGUAUAACACAUUAUCAUUAGGUGAAAACGUCAUGAACUUCAUCAGUUUUAGUAGGUUUUCCUUUUUAGCUAAGUGUAAAUAGUACCAGGAAGUGAACAGUAUUUAUUUUACCACUACAUGAAUUUGUUGGUUUUUAUUUUAAUUUAGAUUUCCCCAAGAGAACCACCUCAAAAAGGGAGUCUGUCAUGCCAUUUUCACAUCAACAGUGCAAUUACAUUAUGGAGAUUAUGUUACAGAAAUGUUUCACUACAGCAGAAUAAAGACCCAGUGUGUUCAUCAUUGAUUUUAAGUCAAUAUGCUCUUGUAAUAUCUUGCAGCUUUGAGUUUUUAAAAACUUUGAAUUUUUUAGUUUGAAACUUAAAAACUACUCUUUUUUUACUGCCUAAAGAUCUUAAUUAAAGAGUAAUCUAUAGCUGUUAAAUUUGGUGUUCUCUUGAUACGAUCCAUGCCAGAGUUCUUCCAGUUCUGUGCUUUCUUGGGGUCUAUAGGUUGUGAUUUAAACUUCUACAACAAAAGCUUCUGCAAGACGAAAAAGGGAAACUGCUGCAAAUAAUAUAAACUGCUAUUGAAUGACAUUGUGCUGAAAAUAUAAUCUUUGCAAACUUUUCAAAACCAUUAGCUAUAUUUAAGGGCUGUUGAUGCAAUUUAGACAUUGGGAGUUUCCAUGUCUGUUAUUGUCAUGUGAUGUGACUGUCAUCUUAAGAAUUUGCCCAGUUGUUCAUUAUCAGGUUCGUAAUUUCGUAAAAAAUGACUUUUUCGGAACUUUGGGCAAUUUUCUUAAGGUUAUUACACCAAGUUAUCUUUCAAAGUUCCCCUACAACAAACUGCUUAACGAACGGUACCAAAUGUGCCUUCUAAGAAAUUACGCAUGAUAGAAUUGAUUUUAUUCAUCGUUAAGGUUUUUGUGUUUUCUUUAUUUCACUCUGAGUAGAAUGCUCUUUGUUUUUAUAGCUGUUCUUUUGGUUUACUUAUGAAUUCAGAAAUUCUUGGGUACAGAUUUAAUCAUUAUGAUGAAUUGUCAUCUAGCAUGGAUUUCCUCACAAUUCUCCUGUGAGAUUUUAAUCAAAAUGUAAUUAUGGAUCCUGUAUAAUACUGUGUGAUCCAACAAAUUUUUGUAAAUUAUUAUUUGCUUCAUCAACUUGUAAAUGGAAAGGCAGUUUGCUGCCUAAAUCAUGAUUGUACAUUGUAUUAUUUUAUGGUUAUUCCCAUGAGGUAAACUUCCCUACCGCUCGGCAGGGUGAAGUUUGUAGUGUUCAAUUGCCCAGUGAAGGGUGCAGAUAAAGAAUAAUACCAGUUGUAUUUUGGCAAAAAUUGGUAAUAAAAGUUUGUAUAUUAUUUUUAAGUAAUAAAA